UCGCGCUUGGUGGUUCAGUUUUCACAUGCAUCACAAUAUGCGCUACUUUUCAUUGUGGUACGUGUUUAUAUUAUUCCCCAGUCAAAUCAACAGCGUUCCAAGCACACAGAAUGAAAAUUUGAUUUGUGCGGAUUUUUACCAAUACGCAUGUGCGGGUUGGCUGCAAACUCGGAUAAAACCCGAUUCUGAACCGUUUUGGAACGUUUACACCGAAACAGCGCAUCGGAUAAGUCAAACAUUACAAAAUAUCUUGGAAAAUGACACAUUCACCAAUAUUGAAGAUGAGAAGACUUUGUACAGCGCAUGCGUGCACCGGAGUGAUUUCACUAAAGAAUUAAAGUUUAUCGUGAAUAAACUCGGCGGUAUUCAACAAACUUCGCUGAAAAACACUCGUUAUGACUACAUUUUACAUAUCAUAGAAGUUACAAAACUGUUGAACAUUCAUCCGAUAUUAAAAUUUCAUGUGAAGCAAAAUGAGUUACAUAUAGAACGUGGCGAUUUUAUCUUCCCUGAAUUGUUCCUAUCACAACCAGACAAAUACAACGAUGAAAUAAGCAUCUAUACAUCAUGGAUACAAAAGUCCUUUGCGUUAUUACACGCGGAAAACGCCGAGACAUCAUUUAUUGCGAGUAUUAUGCGCGGUUCGAAAUAUUCGAAAACAAGCGCAACUCUAGCGAAAGAAAUAGUUGACUUUGAAGUGGAAUUGGUAAAGUUAAAACGCGGAAAAUUAGUUAAAAUGCCUCAAAUGAAACUUCGAAAGUAUUUAUCGUUAGAUAUACUUUUUGGAGGUGUUGAUAAUGACGGGAUAAAAGAUAUUUACAUUGAUGAAGUGUACUUUGAAAGUUUACGAAAACUUUUGCAAAUUACACAUUGGCGUCAUGUUUCUAAUUAUAUCAUCUGGUCAGCAAUAAAAGACUUAUCUCGCGAUGUGAGUGCAGAUUUUCGCCAGUUGAGUUUUGAAGUUGAUCGUCAAUUAAUCGGAGUGACUGCGGAUAUCAACAGGGAAAGAGAAUGCAUAGAUCAAACAAUCAAUUACUUGGGACAUCAGAAAUUACAAGAAAACUUCGAGAUUAUCACCAGACAGAAUCACAAAUUGAUUAAAACUGAAGUAACAAAACUAUCAGGUGCAAUACGCGAAACGUAUUUAUCACGAGUGAAAAACAACGAGGCAUUAACAAAAAAGACGAGAAUUAAUCUUAUGAAGAAGAUUGCUGGAGUAACAUUUGAAAUUCUAGAACCAAGUGUUAAACAACAGCCUAACGAACAUGUUAAACUUGGUAAAAAUCAUUUAAUAAACUUGCUCAGGCUAAAAUCGUCUCGAUUCGAGAGUGAGUUACAGAAACUUGUUAGAAACAACAGUUUUGUUGCUGAUAUUCAAUGGCCAGGGAAUAUUUUUGAUGUGAAUGCAUAUUAUACUCCUGCACAGAAUGCAAUCAUUUUACCUCUUGGAAUACUACAACCACCAUUUUUCGAAGUUUCGAAACCCGCCGCAUUCAACUAUGGCGCUUUGGGCGCAUUAAUCGGACAUGAAUUAAGCCAUGUCUUAGAUCAUUUAAGCAGUAACAUAUUAACAACGCCAAGCGAUGUGAAAUUAUUCCAAGAGCGUGGUGAUUGCGUCAAAACUAAGCAUGAAUCCACCGCAGCGAGUAAUGAAAACAUGGCGGACUUUACAGGAAUCCGCUUAAGUUAUUUCUCGAUGCAAAAUCAGCAGGAAAAUGAUGUACAAACCGAAAACAACAACGAAUUAUUCUUUUUAAAUUAUGCUGAGAUGUGGUGUGAGAUAAAUGGGAAUGAAUCAAAGGAGAUUUUAGCUCAAGAUGAACAUGCGCCAGUUGCCAUGCGAGUGAAAACAACAUUGGAGAGUUUUCCCAACUUUCUCGCAACGUUUCAUUGCGAACAAAAUGCAAUUGCAGCAAGCUGUGACCUUUGGUGAUGCAUGAAUCACUGACCUUUACCAGAUAAACAAGUAAUUAAAUGAUUUCUUCCUUAAUAACGUGCAUGAAGAUGUUUAUUCGCACUUAUUUUGCUAAACUAGGCAUUGGUGUGGUGUGUGUGUGUGACAGGAAAUGUUCGUUGUUUGUUAUUUGCAGAGAGAUAAAAAUUGAAGUACACACUUACCUGUUGACACAAACA